CAGAGGACAGGGUCAAUGUUUUCUUCGUCUGGGGUGCAUGUGACCACAGACAAGUAUUUGAGGUAAGACUUUAAACUGGGAUAAUCCUGCUUUCACUGAUUGACAAGUUGUUUUUUCUGCUCACGUGCAAAACCUGUGAGUGAGAAAACAAAUUUGACUUAAACAAAUGUAGUUGUUUUUCAACCAUCUGAAGUGGAGGAUUAGUUGGAAGUUUUGAUGGGAGCGGGGAUGGAGCUAAUUUUUUAAUGGAUAAUAUUUUGUAAUUAAGAAGAAGUACAGUUUAAUAAAGUCCUUUAACGAAUUACGAUUAAACACCAAUGCCAAUUCUUAAAUACCAAUGGUACAUUAUACAUAAGAAUUUCUAUAAACAUCAUUUAAAAUCAAUUCAACUUAUAUUUAAUAUUGCCUCUUUUUGUCCACAUUCUUCAAUGUGCUGUGGUAACCGGGGAUGUUUUUUCUAAAUAACAGUUGUUCAUUUGGAUGCAACAUCCUCUGAACCUCUUCUCUGUCUACAAAAAGUCGGCCACACAUUUGUUUAAUGAGCCAGAAAUUGUAUACUCAUUUAAAAAAGUUCGCAGAGGCUGAGAAUAUAAACUGAAGGGCAAUUCAUUUCUAAAAAAACGUCAAGCUCAAGCUAUUGUUGCAUUUUUAAAAGAGAAGGAUGAUAAUGGAUCUCCAGAUGUCUUGGACGCAAACCAAUUUGGUGUCAGUCUCAUCUUUUCUCUCCAUGGCAACAGACUGACAAACAUUUAUUUAUUAAUCAUGUUAUUUUCUGCAUGAAACUGAAAUCCCGGGAGGAUUAUAAUGAGAUCGAAUCACAGAGGCAUGGAGACAGAUGGGGACGCUGCUCUGCACAUGGGGUUCAGUGGUCCAGGUUCAUGGAUCUGGGCGACUGUCAGUGAUUCACUCUUUCCCCGAGGCCCCCGUCCCUCCAUCUUCAGCCGGAAUGGAGCUGACGCAGAGCGAGGUUCAGUCUCAGGUCUCUGUGGUGGCUUUAGAACACAUGGACAACUUCCUCGUUGGCUCGAUUCUGUGACGGGGCUGGAGUAACUGUUUGUGGACGAGCGGUCCAAAUGAAGAUGUCUCCGAGGCCUGCUUCACACCCUGAUCUGUUCCGGCCCUCUUCACAGCCCCCAGCGGGACACAGUGCCUCGCUCAGCUCAUCAGCUCACAACAGCCCAGUGAUGAGCAGCCUGAGGAGUGGACCACAUGAAAGCUUUUCGAUCAAAGCUGACUGGAUGGUGUCAGGUUGCACAAUGUUUGGCAGAGGAAAAAAAGGAAAUAUGUACAAAGCUGCUGGAGACCGAUGUCCACACAGACUGUGCUGUGUUGUAAUUGCUGCUUAAGGGGAUAAUUGUCGGGGGAUUGUUGUGAAAGCACCAUCAAAAGCAGGCGGUGAAUGGGAGUGUCCCGAGGGCCCGGGCAUCCCGCGGAGCUCCGCAGACAGGACACUCAGCUUUUUAAUGCCCCCACUCUUCAUCACGGUCAGCCCUUGUUCUACUGAGCUGCUGCUGAUUGGUUGCAGCGCAGCUAACCUUUGCCGUGCACGUCUGCGUAUGGACGUGUAGUCCUGUCGACCAGGCCGCAGACGGUGCGGACCAAUCAGCACCCGGAGUUCCCCCCCCGCCCUCGGGGUGGGCGGGACCAGCGCGCUUCCCCACACAUCACUCUCGUCUCCCGCUGGUUGCUAACAACCUGCUGCCCGCAACUUGCUCUCCGCCGCCGCCGCUCGCUCGCUCAUGCAUCGGCCUGUUCCCUGCUGCGGUGGCCCGGAGCCGUGUGUCAGGAUGAGGCCGUGUCGCCGCUGAGUGCGCCCCGCCUCUCGGCUCCGUGCUGGCCCGGGCUGCACGCCGCUCCUGCGACCCUCUGACGCCCGGGGUUUGAGAGGCCGGCCUCCAGCCUCCAGCCUCCAGCCGCCGGAUCCACUUUAAUUCCUCCGCUCUGCGUUCGUGUCUUGUUUCAUGAAGAUGGCGGUGAGGGGGACCCUGUGAACUAAAUGACUGUCAGAAACAUCGCCUCCAUCUGUAAUAUGGGCACCAAUGCCUCUGCUCUGGAGAAAGACAUCGGCCCGGAGCAAUUUCCAAUCAAUGAACACUACUUCGGAUUGGUCAACUUUGGAAACACAUGUUACUGCAACUCGGUGCUCCAGGCUCUCUACUUCUGCCGGCCCUUCCGGGAGAACGUGCUGGCCUACAAGGCCCAGCAGAAGAAGAAGGAGAACCUGCUCACAUGCCUGGCCGACCUCUUCCACUCCAUCGCCACGCAGAAGAAGAAAGUGGGCGUCAUCCCGCCCAAGAAGUUCAUCUCCCGACUGCGUAAAGAGAACGAUCUGUUUGACAACUACAUGCAACAGGACGCCCACGAGUUCCUCAACUACCUGCUGAACACGGUGGCCGACAUCCUGCAGGAGGAGAAGAAGCAGGAGAGGCAGAACGGACGCCUCAAGAACAACGGCGUCGCCGCGGACGCCGAGCCGGAGAACAAGACGGAGCCCACGUGGGUUCACGACAUCUUCCAGGGCACGCUGACCAACGAGACCCGCUGCCUCAACUGUGAAACGGUGAGCAGCAAAGACGAGGAUUUUCUGGAUCUUUCUGUGGAUGUGGAGCAGAACACAUCCAUAACACACUGUCUCAGGGACUUCAGCAACACAGAGACUCUGUGCAGCGAGUACAAAUACUACUGUGAGGCAUGCUGCAGCAAGCAGGAAGCGCAGAAACGGAUGCGUGUGAAGAAGCUCCCCAUGAUCCUGGCGCUGCACCUGAAGAGGUUCAAGUACAUGGAGCAGCUGCACCGAUACACCAAGCUGUCCUACAGGGUGGUGUUCCCCCUGGAGCUCCGGCUCUUCAACACGUCCGCGGACGCCGUCAACCUGGAUCGCAUGUACGAUCUGGUUGCCGUGGUGGUUCACUGUGGCAGUGGCCCAAACCGAGGUCAUUACAUCACCAUAGUGAAGAGUCAUGGCUUCUGGCUGCUGUUUGAUGACGACAUAGUGGAGAAAAUCGACGCCCAGGCCAUCGAGGAGUUUUACGGGCUUACCUCAGACAUCUCCAAGAACUCCGAGUCGGGAUACAUCCUCUUCUACCAGUCCAGGGAGUGACUGGAGGCGCGUGAUCACUCACAGAGGACGAGACUGAGUUGGAGGAUUCCUUUUUAUUCCUUCCACCUUCAGCCUAACGGACCCCAGACUCCUGCCAUCUCCUCCCCACCUUGCCCUCCUCCUCCUCCAUGUCCCUGACGUAUGUGCCAUUCCUUUUUGCCAGUCCCAGUGUUGGCCUCUGGGUUUCUGUGCUUCAUCUCUCUCUCUCUCUCUCUCUCUCUCUCUGUGUAAAUUGCUACUUGUCUUUCAGUCACCUGCAUCUGGACUGCACUUUAAAAACAAAAAGCAACAAUGCUCGACAGCAUGACGGAAACAAAAAAGGAGUCCGCGGCCACACCGAGUCGCGCGCUCGGUGCAGACCCGCGGGAGACGCCUGCCGAGGCGUUUCUUUAGCAGGAAGGAGAUGGGUUGAAGGGCGUGAUGCACAUACAGACAGUCGUCAGAAGUUGUACUGUAUCAUUUAAAUGUAGAGAAUUCCUCUUCCCCCCUCCCUCACACUUGCUUUCACCGUCCCCGUCACUGUCCGAGCCGUCUAAUGUGUUCAUGUGCAUGAGGAGUGAACGAAGUUGAAGACAAACACUGUGUAAUACGCAUUGAGAGAAUUUGAAGCAAUAUCGGAGCAUUAAUUAUAGAAGCCGCAAGCUGUUUUGCAGUAGAGAGUCGCUCUGUGAGCUGCUGAGCUCCCGUCGUAUCCAACCGGACAUGAUCCAAUACUUUUGACACUUGCUCCACAUGCUGUUAAACACUACACAGGGAGGGAAACCGUCGGGCGCAUCUCCAUGAAUUCUUAUUCUGAUAGAAAACCCCCUAUUUAUUGAACGUACCAUAUUUAUCACUGUUCUGUGUAAUACCGACUGGUAGGUGAUGAACGUGUUUGUGUAACGCGGCUCUUUUGAGAGCUCUGUGUGUUAGGACUCUGGAGGACCUGGUGUAUAUGAUGCACAACUUCGUAUGACAGCUAAAAGAAAGUUGCUUUUAUCGGCAUGUUAAUUAAAAAAUAUUUUAAAAAAGCCAAGACAGACGAACAUGAUGCAAGCGACAUGCGAUCCAUGGCAAAUCUUUUUGACUGACAAGAAAAUAGUGCAAUAAGAGGUGGAGUUAUCCAAUGUGCAAUUUCCCGGUGAGACUAAUAUACAGGACGUUUAAAUGUUAGCAAUAGACGUGUUUUGUUAUUUUGGACGAUCUUUUUCCCCCAGUGCUGUGUGUUUGACUGUUCGUGAAAAGCCCCACGUUCACCACGUGCACUGCACACUACCUACGUUCUUUCAUCCUACCUUUUUUAUAACCUUACACAGCAUUGGCCUCUUCCUUUUAUUGGUCAUUCCUAUGUCGAACCACAGUGUAGUUGUUUUCUCUUGGUUAGUGUCUGAUUUUAAUGAUGGAACUGUGUGUCAUACGUAGCACAUUGGAAUUCCUCAAUCCCCAGGAUUCCAGAGGUGAAAAUUGAAGCUGCAAUGUUUUCCUGAUACAAUAUAUCUCUUGUACUGUACAAGUUUUCUCAAUCUUGACCUGCCCCGUAGAAUAGUGCCACAUCAAAGAACUCGUUCGUUUUCCUUUUCACGUGAAAGACAUUCCGCAUCAGAGCAAAAUGACCGUUUCAAACACAUCUCGUUGUGAAUUAGAGGUAGGGAUAGGAUCAAUUUAUGUUACAGCUUGUCGUCUGUGUUCAUACAGGAGCGGACGAAUUUACAGUGAAAACGGGGGAAACUCUGGGCGUUCAGUGGUAGUCCGCUACCGGGCCAAGUCACGAGGAAUACGUGCCAAACUGGAGGUGGACGCCGACCUCGAACACUAUUUCCUUUGUAAAGAUGCAACUGUACAUGUAUAUUAUGUAGAAAAAACACGCCUGGAAAAAAAAUAAUAUUUUUUUAAAGAGCAAGACUUAAUGCUGACCGUUAAUGAAACCCUGUCGAGAAAUAGUAUUGUGCUAUUUUACAAUCACUCGAUUACGUAAUCAAUCGGAGUUGUGCGGAGGUCUCCCAUCCAUCACGUGAUUACUUUCAAUUGGUUUGAACUGAGCCGGGGUCAGCGGCAGUGGUCGUCUGAGGAGGAAGGGACUCUUCAUGUGCUGAUCUUCCACUAACACUUAUGCACUCGCCCUCACUGAGACGCUCAGUCCUUUGCACUUGGUUCUUCGACAGACGGGUGACGAAUUAAAGGGAAAAACCCAACAGGAAGUGGGCCACCGUGGGCUGCCGGAACCGCCUCGGUGCACCUUGGCCUCGCAGGGAUGGAGGGAUGGGCACCUUUCUCCUCCGUAGGAUAUUCCCCUUGGUGUCUUGUGAUGUUGGCGGUAGAGAUCGCAUCAGUCCAAAAUCUCCCAUGGCUGAGUCGGGUUAAGAUCUGGUGAAUAGAGGCCAUAGCAUUGUGGUUUGUUUUUUUUAUUUUGUAUAAUCCUCAAACAGUCCACAUGUUUGUGGCUUUCCCUUGAGUCCGUCACCUGUCUGUGUAUCUAACUGUGAGAGCUCAGUCCUGCUCCAGGUGGGAUCAGGUGGAGCUCGUGAGAGACGCGGAGGAGGAGACCAAUCUCUCGUUUGGCUGUAAACUGAAAGUGCACUUUAUUAGUGAUGAGCUUCAACGCUUUAAUAUGGAGAACCACAGUCUAAUACAUUCAUUUUGAGGUUGUCGUUUUUUUUUUCUUCUGUUCAAUAAAAAAGACUAUCAACUACA